GCAGCAGAUGCUACCAAAAGAACCUGGCCCACCUCAAGCACUUCGUGCACCCGGGCGAUCGGCACUACCGAAUGGGCCUUGUGCAUUUCCCGACGCGGAAGGGAGUGCGUGUUCAAAAGGAGUUCCCGACGUUGCGUGAUCUGUUCAACUUCUGCGACCCAGAUGAGUCUGGGAACAUCUCCAAAGAAGAGUUCCAGGGUGCAUGGGACCUGCUCGUCGACCUUCCCCCGGCGGUCUUCGGCAUGGAGGGCACUUCGCUGAAGGGCAGCCCUGAGCAGGCCUGGGAAUCUGCUGCCGGCGACGAGCGAAGCCACCUCACCUUCGCCCAGUUCGCGAAGUGGGCGGCGGACAUGAAGAUUCAGCUGCCCGUGGGCGUGGAUCCCUCCGACGCCGCCGCAGCACCGUGGCAACAGUUUCCGCGGACACUUUGUGCUCGAGUGGUCCGAACGUACUGCGCAGCAGAAGAAGCGAAAACUAAUAUGCCUCACAUCCCUGAAUGCCUUCGUCUGAUCGGAAGAGCGGAAGGUGGAUCGAAAAUUCUCGACGAACUUUUGGGGCAGCUCAAAGAUUCAGCCACCAACUUCAACACCCAAAUUCUCCAGGAUCGGCCGUGUCGCUUCCAGUACAAAGACCGCUGCCCCUGCGUGAAUUUCAAGGUCCAAAAGCACGUACUUGGCUGUGAGGGGAUGAGGUGA